CUCAGACGCCGCUUAGCUGGGAAGGGCGCUGAUGGAAGUGUCGUGGAAGUGGAAGUGGGAUUCAGUUUGAAAUAAACAAGUGAAAAUGCAUCGGAAGCAGUGUUUUAUUUAUUAAAGGCAGUUGGACGCGGUUGCAACAUUGUAACGUUCCGAUUAUGACUGUCAAGUUACCGCAGCAACAAACUCAAUUUUGGCUAACGGUCGUUCCUGUAUGAUUUAACGGCUGUAUAUAUGACAGUAUUGCAUUACACUUACUUUGGAGUUUAUACAGGUAGAUCAUGCUGUUAGCCCAGGUGAAUCGAGACACACAGGGCAUGGAGUUCCAAAGUGUUGAUGGGGACCCACAGCAGGUCACCCUAUGCCUGACCGAGGCAGUAACAGUUGCAGAUAGUGACAACAUAGAGGGAAUGGACACAGUAAGUUUGCAGGCGGUGACUCUGGCGGAUGGCUCCACCGCAUAUAUCCAGCAUAGCCCUAAAGUUUCUUUCACAGAAAACAAAAUAAUGGAAGGACAGGUGAUCCAGUUGGAGGAUGGAUCUGCUGCAUAUGUCCAGCACCUACCAAUGUCGAAAGCAGGUGGAGAAGGAUUGAGUCUAGAGGAUGGUCAGGCUGUGCAACUGGAAGAUGGAACAACUGCUUACAUUCAUGCACCUAAAGAAACGUAUGAUCAGGGUGGUUUACAGGCUGUUCAUCUGGAGGAUGGCACCACUGCAUAUAUCCAACAUAUGCCCCAGUCCAACACCAUCUUGGCCAUCCAGGCAGAUGGCACUGUAGCAGACUUGCAGACAGAGGCCACGAUCGAUGCUGAGACCAUAAGUGUGCUGGAGCAAUAUUCAACUAAGAUGGAGGCCACAGAAUGUGGUACUGGGUUACUCGGUCGAGGGGACUCUGAUGGCAGUGUCCAUAUGCAGGGUCAAGAGAGCAGAUCUCCUCGAAUUCAGCAUGUUGGGGAAAAAGCCUUCCGCUGUGAACAUGAUGGAUGUGGAAAACUCUAUACUACUGCUCAUCAUCUAAAGGUGCAUGAAAGAUCGCAUACUGGGGAUAAGCCAUACAUUUGUGAUCAUUUGGGUUGUGGCAAAAAGUUUGCAACAGGGUAUGGCCUGAAGAGUCACGUCCGAACACACACUGGAGAAAAACCAUAUCAGUGUCAUGAGCUCAACUGCCUCAAGUCAUUUAAAACCUCUGGGGACUUACAAAAACACACACGAACCCACACAGGUGAAAAGCCUUUUAAAUGUCCAUUUGAAGGCUGUGGGAGAUCUUUCACCACAUCCAACAUUCGUAAGGUCCACAUUCGUACUCACACAGGUGAGAGGCCAUACUAUUGCACUGAGCCCAACUGUGGAAGAGCUUUUGCCAGUGCCACUAACUACAAAAACCACAUGAGAAUCCAUACAGGAGAGAAGCCUUACGUCUGCACUGUGCCUGGCUGUGACAAGCGCUUCACAGAGUAUUCCAGCCUGUACAAGCACCAUGUGGUUCACACGCCCUGCAAACCUUACAACUGUAACCACUGCGGAAAGACGUACAAGCAAAUCUCUACCUUGGCCAUGCAUAAACGCACAGCACACAACGACACCGAGCCCAUAGAGGAGGAACAAGAAGCUUAUUUUGAGCCCCCUGCAGAGGCCAUUGAUGACCCUGGGUUAAUGUAUACUCAUACAGUAGUAGAGGAUGAUUCUGGAUCUGAGCAGAUAUCAGUUGGAUCAGAGGUCAUGGGACAACAGCAUGUGGCUCUUAUAUCUCAGGAUGGCACACAACAGAUUCUAUCUCAAGCAGAUAUGCAGGCUAUGGGAGGCACAAUAACCAUGGUAACACAAGAGGGAACCACCAUAACCAUCCCAGCGCAUGAAGCAAUGCUUUCUUCAGGAGGGGCACAUUCUGUUACCAUGGUAUCUGCAGACGGCACUGAGGGACAGGUGGCUAUCGUGACGCCAGACUUGUCUGUGUACCAGACAGAGGAGGGGGAGCUAGUACAGGAUCAGGAGCAGCAUGUGGUUUCCACAAGCCCACAUCCAGUCACACUGUUAGCUACCUCUAAUGGCACACACAUUGCUGUACAGCUAAGUGAUCAGCCCUCCCUAGAAGAAGCCAUCAGAAUAGCAUCAAGAAUACAGCAAGGAGACACCCCCGGAAUGGAUGAUUAACUAAUGUUCUGCUUAUCACAUUAAACGUAAUAUCUCAAGAUUGUGUGCAAGUGAGUGUGUGUGUAUAUGCGUGUAUUGAAAACCUGUCAAACAUCAUGUUUUCUAAUACUUCAACAUGACCGCUGUAUAUCAAGAAGUCAAGAUAUUUUUGUGGAUAUAUGUAUAUAACUGUUUUAAAACUAGAGUUUUUGUAUAUAUUUGAUUCUGCUAUUUUUUGCAAUCUGUCAACAAGGAAAGAUCAA